AUGAUCGACUUCCUGGAGUUUGUUGUAGCUUUGCAUCUGGUUUUGAGAGGAAACCUGAAGGAUCGGCUCAGGUUUCUAGUGUACAACCGAGACAGGAACGGAAAACUGGACAACAACGAGGUGAAGAGCAUUAUUAAAAUCAUUUGCAAGCUGAAGAAGAAGAACCCAGAUAUGAUACCUGAUGAAUAGUGUGACAGGGAAUUUGAGCGUGUGGACCUUAAUAAAGAUGGCAAGUAUCAGAUAUCUCUGUCUGAGUUUAUGCUUGGGGCACAGAAGGACGCCUGGCUCAUGGAUCUGCUUAAACUGGAUGUGCGGGCCCACAGCUGGUUCAGACACAACAUGGAAGAAAAAUAAAUGAAGUCUAAGAGUAUGAAAGAAAAAAAAAUAAAUGGCCGUGACAGGUAGAAGUCAGAUCCUCCUUCCCUGCUGAUGGUUAGAAGAUGCAUGAGGUCUAGUAUCUGACUGGUGCAUAGCUCUAAGUGUUGUGUAGUCAGCACAUGGUCCAUAUGUGACGCUGGAGCAAACACAAGGAGUAGAUCUUCAAACACAGUCAAAUUCCUUCUGAAAUUUUCAUGGAGAUUUUUAUAUUUUGUCCAAAUAAGCAACAAGUAAAACAUUAAUCCAAGCUCAUUGAAGAUAUUUUUUCAGUUUCCUUUAACAUUUUAACUAAUGAAUGAAUAUUUCGGAUAUGGCUUGCAAGGCCUUGUUUAUA